UCCAACUCGUGGGCUUUCUUGGGCGUUAUCACUGCGUGUAAAAAACGCAACGGCUGCGUGUUGCCGUGCAACGACACAUUCGGUGUGCGAUAAAAUUAAGCGGUUGUUAACGACUUUGAAUGGAAUGCAGCAUGAGCCAUGUGUGUGGCAGGACCUCUAUAAGAAGGAAAAGUCAACAAUUUUCAACAAGAAACAAAAACAACAGAUAAAAAGUGUUGCUUUGCAAAAAGAUUCAGUGCUCUUCCCAGAUAUUCAACCCAUUACAGUAAGGCAAAUGAGGAGAAAAAAAUGAAACGACUGAAGACCCGCAAGGAGAGGAGUCAAAUAAGAGGUGGCUGGAAAGAGAUUUCAAAGAUCAAGUCAAAUCACCAUCAUCAUCACUACCGUCAUUGCCAAAGCAACAUAGACAUGGCACAUUUGCAUAACUGCUGUUGUGCUAGUUGCCAUUGUUCUUCGAGGAGAAAUCCACCAUUUCCAAGUGUUGUGCGCUCUGUGCAGGAGCCCAGUAUCAUCACAGACGGCCGCCUGACAGGACACCAUGGCCUGUUUAACCAUGAGGUGAAGUCUAUUGAUUUUGAACGCUUGCUAAGUGAACAGCCAAAACUGGAGGAACAAAGAAAAGAAAAGAACACUGUAAUUUCAUCUUCAGCAUCGCACAAUUCUGCUUCACUGUCCACUGAUGCUUUGUUGGGAGCUGAUACAGAUGUUGGGAGCUGUGUGCCAUUCAGAAAAAAUACAGACCCUGCUUCAAAAGCCCACACUGACUGCCAAGAGAAGGAAAAGAACAACAUCCAGUUUGAGUCAAAGCAGUCAGAUGUCACAACAGAAGAGAAACCACAACAACAACUCCCUCUUUCAUGUGAAAGUUUUCAAAGCAGCCACUGGUCUAAACACGGCUUCCUCGAUGUACUAACAACAGAAACCAAGUGGGCAUGUGUCAUGUCUGAAAACAGCAGAGAAUCACUGCUGACUCCGGUUGUUGACAGAGACAAUAUUAAGACUUUCAACACAAAUGUAAAGAAACGUGUGAUUUCUACUCUUGUGCAAACCCCAAAGAACCAGGAGCCCCCUGUUCAGCAGAUACAAACUCAUGGUCUCACCUCAAGCCCACUUAAACUCUCCAGUUCAGCCACUACUAACAGCUGUGAGAUACAGGACAGAACACAAGAUCCAGAGUAUGUAACGAAGUUUGUCAGUGCAGUAGCAGGACGUUUGUGUCAACGUUUGAAGCUUCCGUCGAUCAGUAGGAGAAACCUGCUGUCAGAGAGCAGGGAGGUCCUGUUAAACUCUCUGAGGGAAACACAUGGACCGUGGCUUCAAGAGAACCUCCUUAGACUUCAGCAACAUCGUAGCUUUGCUGUGCAUCCCACAAAGAAAGACCAAGAUCAUGAUCAAGAGCCAACCAGGAAAAAUGAAGAGAAUCUCUUUGCCGCAGAUCUCUCUUUUAAUAUGCCAGCAAAUAGCCAUUCCAGCUGGAAGACCAGUCUGCAGCAACACUGCAGUCAAAAACAGGUUACUGAGUGGCUGGCGAGCCCUGCGGAUAUGGCUGACAGUGUUUUGGAUGAUAUCCUCAGACCAAGUCUCUCUCCUCCAUUGUUCAUGAACCUUCAGACCUGUGAAGCUCCAGAAAGCAUUUUGUUUGCUCCUUCUACCACUUUAUGCCAGAGAGAAGUGGCUUCUGUACCUGAGAACUGGCAAGAUGGUUUAAACUGGUCAAAGAGCAAAAAUUCAGCUACAUUUGGUUCUUUUGAAAAUGGCUUCAUGGACCAAUCCAGCUUACUUGGAAAUCAGAGCCUACAGUACUCUGGCAGCAACUCCCAGCCCUCUUUUCCUUACCAAUCGCAGCUGCCAGAUACAUACGCAGGAGAGCCAAUGCACUUUGCCCAGCAGGAAGACCCAUUUGGAACUGAUAUGUACUCUUGUGUUCCCUCUUUUGCUGCCCCAGUUCACCAUCAGAGCAGCCAUUUCCAACCUUCAAACCAGUUCAGUCACGCUUCAGCUUGUUCUCUGAAGUCCCAGCACACUGAUAUUAUGCACUACCCUCCGUCAUUCAUUCUUGAGAGAGACCCUUCACCUUCCCUUUCUGCUUUCCUUAGCCCUGAGCCGUGGUCCUUCCCUCCUAUGAGACUGUACUAAUGUGUGGUAAAGCUCUCCAUACAAGCAUGUGGAUCAAUAUUUCUAUGACUGAUUAAAGUACAAUUCUCCCUUAA